AUGGAAGUUAGCAUAAAAUGUUCCUACAUGGUAAAACCAAUCGAGCUUACGUGUAAUGGUGUGUUCCAAUUAUCUGAAUGGGAUCAAACCGGUGUCAUCACCCAUGUUCCUACUGUCUACUUCUACAAGCCUUCUAAGGAGUGGCUUACUUCCUCCAAGACUAUCAUAGACACCCUUAAGGAUUCAUUGAGUCGAGUUUUGGUCCAUUUUUAUCCCCUAGCAGGUCGUGUUCGAUGGGUAGGCCAAGGAAGACUUGAACUCUUAUGUAAUGCAACGGGAGUCGAGCUAAUUGAAGCCGAGUCUUGUGGUGAGCUAAGUGAUUUUGGUGAUUUUGCCUCUCAAACGAAUUUAUUUGAUAAGCUCAUUCCUUUUGUUGACUAUAAUAAACCUAUUGAUGAGUUACCUUUGGUGGUAGGGCAACUCACCAAGUUUAGAUGUGGUGGUGUUUGUUUAGGGGUUAACAUAUCACAUAUACUAGCUGAUGGACAAAGUGCACUUCAUUUUAUGUCUGAAUGGGCUAGACUAGCUCGUGGUGAACCAAUUGCGAUGGCUCCCUACUUCAAUCCGAACAUCAUUAGAGCACAAUAUCUCCCAAAAACUCUAACACCUCGCGAUAUGCACAAAGAGUUUGGUGCACCACCAUUACUAAUAGGGCAAGAAAACAAUUUGGAGGAGCGUAAAAAAGCCACUACCGUGGCAAUAUUACCUCUAUCAAAAGAUCAUGUUAAGAGCCUAAAGAAGGCCACUAACAAGCAAGACAUUCGUCAAAACACAAAUCCUUACACUCGCUAUGAAGUGGUAGCGGCCCAUGUAUGGAGAAGUGCUAGCAAGGCACGCGAGCACCACCUUGAACAACCAACAUGCUUAGGGUUCUCAGUCGAUGUACGUAGCCGCUUGCAACCACCACUACCGUCGAAGUACCUCGGUAACGCUAUAUUAGACGUGGUGGCUUCAUCUAGGUCAGGAGAUAUCAUAAAUUUACCCUUGGGUUAUACUUGUGGUAGAAUAAGGGAAGCAAUUGAAAAAGUGGACGAUAAUUAUAUUUGGUCAAACAUUGACUUUUGGAAAAAUUUGACUGAUUUAUCCCCUUUUCAAGACUUGCAUGCACGUAACAAAAAUGAAGGCCCAUUUUAUGGUAACCCAAAUCUUGGGGUCAUUAGUUGGUUGACUCUUCCAAUUUAUGGGCUUGACUUUGGUUGGGGAAAAGAGAUUUAUAUGGGCCCAGGUACCCAUGAUUCUGAUGGUGAUUGUCUUAUGCUUCCUGGGCCUAUGAAUGAUGGGUCAGUCCAAAUUGCUAUUUGCUUACAAGUGGCCCAUAUGGAUGCAUUUAAGAAAUAUUUUUAUGAGGACAUACCAUUUGAUGCUUAAUUUUUUAUUUACAUAGUAGCCCCUUUAUGGUACAAUUUAUGCAUA